AUGGUGGCCCCGUUGAACCAACGAAAUGCUCACCCGAGAGACGAAUCUGUGACGUUCGAAGCGGAAGGCCACAGAUACUUGAUUCAGGGUUCGUCCGAAGGAGUGAUCAGCGUAACCACGCUGCUGGGCGAAUUCUUUCCCAAGUUUGACCCCGAUGCGGUGAUUGACAAGUACUAUACUCGAUGGCAGCAAAACUCCUAUAAAAAGCCCGAGUGCUACAAUAAAACCAAAGACGAGAUCAAGGAAAUGUGGAGGGCGGACGGCGACAAAGCAAAGGAGGAAGGCACUCGUCUCCACCAAGCCAUUGAGGCGUACUAUAACAAUGACGAAGAAGUUGAGUAUGACCAGAGCCGAAAAGAAUGGAAACAGUUUCAAGCAUUUCAGGAAGAGCAUAAGUUGGAAGCUUAUCGGACAGAAAUGAUCCUUUGGUCCAGCAAACACAAGCUUGGAGGUUGA